AUGAGCAAGACAAGCUCCAAGGGGUAAGUUUCCACUUUUUGCAACAUUCAAUGAAAUUGUUUUCCUUGUCCGAACGAGUGUUUGUGUUGUGAAAACGUGUGGCCAAAUUUUAUUUUAGGAGUAGUGCAAGGAUAGGCACUUUACUAGAGCAACUACAAAAGCUGUGCCUCGCAGGUUCCGAGGCCAAGUAUGAUCAAGAGAAGCUUGAUGUCGAACAGUUGCGUUACGUUACGAAUAAAAUUCAGCAACUUUUGUCUUCUCAAGGUAACGGUUACAGUUAUGUAAUUUAGCAUCAUGUUACCAAGCACAGAAAUAAAGGUAUACUAAAUUUUCAAAGACUUAUUUUUCUCCACGUUACCAGCAUGCUCUCAGUCAGUUAGAUAGUACUGAACGUUAAUUGCUCACAAUAAGGCGAAUUGUCUUUAUGGAACAGUUCUACUGUAAAUAUAGUAAGAUUAUUUUUUUACAAUCAAUCAUGCAUCACUUAAAAGUUGUUGUACGAAUUAAUUUUUAUUUAACGGUUUUUUUUUCAAACAUCUUUUACCAUUUAUGCAUUGCAAUAAAUGAGGGAAAAAUCAAAAUUGUGCUAGCUUGGAAAAUUUAAAUAAAUUUGAACCACACUUUGCAUUUCUGACAAUGGCAAUAAGCAUGUAACAACUUUUUGAUAAACACUUUUGCAGAAAAAUGUCGCAAGGAUCUGACGACAAAAUUUAGAGAUGGACUGUCAACACUGCUUUUAGUUCUAGAGGUAAAGCUUUUUCAUGAGAAACUUUAAUCUUAAACAUCUCAGUUUGUGGAUCAAGUUUAAGUGAAAAUUUAGGAAAAUGUUUUGUUUCUUAUAGAUGUCAGCAGAUACACAACUCAUGCUGAACAUUUUGGGUUGUCUGUGCGAACUGUUAACCACAGGUAUCUGUGUUUUAACCCUCUAUGCUCUUAUGUCAGUAUGCAUUUUUUCCAUACUGUUCCUUAUAUAUUUCCUAAGGUGCUGAUAAGGAGAAUUUGUUGAACAGUCUAUUGUUGGCCAGGCUGUCAUUUCCUUUUUUUCUUUUAACCUCAAUGUGUUAUUUUGGGAAGAGAAAUUAGAUGCUAGUCACUCUUAGGGGUCAUAAGGUUAACCAUUCAUAAUGAGUUGAAGUGCGAAAGUUGUAGAAAGGGGGUAAGUUUCCAAAGAAACAAUAGUGCCAUGUGGAUGGGAGAGUAUAACAGCAAAUGGAAUGCUGCUCUGAUGAAUGGCUAAUGCCCAAAAUGUUAGCUUUAAAACUCUUUAUGGUGGCCAAUUUACGUUAACCCUUUAAAUCCCAAGAUCUGAUUGUUAAUUCUCCCCUCCAGCUGCUUAACAUCUCCUUGUAAAUUAGUUUUGAGAACUUGGUGCUAGAUCAAGAUAGCAGCAUCUAGCUGAUAAGUUUGAAUAUUCUCAUUACCUUUUUGCUGAUUAAUGUAUGGAUAUAAUAGGGAGAAGUUUUAUGUUGAUCACUUCUGGGAGUUAAAGGGUUAAAACUUAGUUGGUAAUACUAAAUUACCUUAAAAGUUGUAGAGUUUGACUAAUACUAAAUGACAGGGUGUUAACAAUUACCUGCACCAUACAAAUGACUUCUUCACGGCAUUUACUCUGAAGAGGACCAAAACAGAACUUCCUAAUACAGACAGAUCGAAACUUAAACCAAUCAGGACCCACUCACCAGAUUUCUGUCUUACAGCUGAUAACAUUAUGGCUAAUCUGACCAAUCAGUUUAGAUAAACUAGACUUAUAACACUCAACUGACAACAACAACUCUUCACUGGACUCUAAGAUGACUUCUGCUAAGGUUUUCAAAACAUCAGUCACCACUACCAACAAAAGUCCUUAUAAGGAUUACAGUCACCUGGACAAUCAGAUUACAUAAACAAAUGUUACCUGCUGGUUAAAACCAUUUACUGUGGUACGGCUACUACGAAAGGAAGUCAUGUAACUAGGCAUAAUUUGUAGACUAUGAUGAUUUUGAAAACUAGAGUAGAAAUAAAGAUCACGAUAGGGAAACAUCAUCUAAAAUAUAACUAUCACGGCUAAUUUUACUCAGCGGGUGAUGUGGUGCAUAUGAUAAACAAAAUAUAUGAUAUGAAAAAUCAUAUCACUAAGGGAAGCUUGAAUCUAUUGUCUGAAUCAAUAUAUGAAAUGUUACUUAAACAUUUAGAUCAUGUUAACCUUUUAACCCUAUGAGUGAUCAAGACAGAAUUUCUCCUUCUUUGUUUUAACAUUAUACCCAUUCUACAGAAAUUUGUCAUGAACUUACAAUUUUUGUUGCCUGAAAACAGGUAAAAGGGCAUCUGUUCUUGCAGCCAAGGGUACUGUAGAUAUCAUACUAAGAGUGAUUGUGAGUGCUAGUAAAGAAGCAUCAGUUUGUGAAGAGGCCUUGCUGCUUUGCCACGUCAUUUUAACAAAAGUUGGGCCAAAAGGUGAGAUGUUAGAUAUAUGUAAGUUAAUACCUGGUGAUCUUUUUGGGUAUAUGUAGACAGAUAAAUCUGAAAGGAACACGGCAUUGGGUAUUACUUGUUAUCUAGAAUAUAUUGACCUUGAGAGCCAGUAACCUCUUACAAAGAAAGCUGUGAAGUCUGCACAUGGUUGACCCUGAUAUACAUCAUUGGGUUCAGAUAUUGACCACAGAAGAGUAUUACUUGAAUCAUUGUGAAUAGGGUAAUUAGAGUCCCUAUGUGUAGUACAUGUUUAAGGGUGCUGAACUCGUAAUCUGGUGGUCCUCCAUCCUGCUAUUCGCUGGAUUUGUUCUCGGUCACCCCUAUUUCAACUCCGUGGCUGCACUUUGUAAAUAGCCAACUGGUCUGCCUCCUGCCAGUUGGGAUUUUCAAGUGCUUUAUGUUGCCUUGAAUCAUUUGUUUCUUUCUCUUUCUUAAUGUUAAGUGCUUGGGGGCUUGCAAUAAGCGCUACAUGAAUAAUUAAUUUAAUUUUGAUAUAGUAGAGAUUUAGGUUACCAGGUACUGUCUCUGAAGUACUUUUGUUGUCAUGUUCCUGAAGAAAAUCUCAAUUGAGUGGUUUAGUAUCACUUAAAAUCAGGGGCCAUGCUAAACCAAACCUUGCAGUCAAGAGGAAAAUUGAAAGAGGCCUGGCUUAGAAAAUCACAUAAAUGUAUCAGUUCUCAAAGGGAAAUGACACUCUUUUGCUCACACGUUAUGGAGCAUGUCUUGUCAAAAUGAAUUCUUCUUGUCAGUGAAAGAGCUACCUGUUGCUGUAUUUAUUUUUGUUCAGUAAUUGUUUGUAAAACUACCUCUGAGGGAGAUUUUGGCAUCGUGGUUUAGUUCAGUCAGGAAUACAAAAUAAGCAAGAAUAAACCAAGAAAAAACAAGGGUGACCAGGUUGGAGAAUAUUGAAAUGGACUGAAAUUAAAAACUCAGAGAUGUGCAAUCCAUCCACAAUUUACCUCCCAAGAUCUGCUCAUUAAUUCUUCAUGCUUUCUGCUUGUUCACAGAUCGUAAACUUUGUGUGAAAGCUCGUUUGACUGGAGCUCUCCAAGUCACAAUGAAUAUGGUGAAGAACAAUACAACAUUCUUUAAGGUUCUACAACCUGCAUUACAAGUCCUUAAACUUUACUCUGCCAAUUGUAAGUUAUCAAACUGUACAUGUUCAACUCUGCCAUACAUUGCUUACAUGCAUUGUCAUAAAUUGGGGGAAUUUAAGCUUCAUCUUCAUCUUUAGUCACCUGUUUUUGUGUCAUUCUUUCUUUCGUCUUCUGAUUCCUAUGAAAUUAUAAGAUGAAGGCUUGAUUUACAAAUAAUUAAUAUAAAUACAUGGUGUGUCCUAAAUCUCGACUAUGGCCACUUUACAUGCAGUUGAAGAGGAGAUUCUAAAGGAGGUCUAAAAAAGGCUCUACAUAGCACCCCUACCACACAAAAUGUGUGACUUCAGAUUAUGAUCAGCUGAUAGUCCCACAGAUCAUUGCCUCAUCAGUCAUAGUCACAAAUUUUGGGGUCAGUGACUUGCUACAUGCUAAUUUUUAGGGGGUGCUUUUGGAUGUACAGUCUCACCUGUGGUAAGCAGCAUUAUAUUAUGUGGUCACUCUGAAUUAAGCAGUCAGUUGUCAAAGUCUCGCAUUUGUUUACCCUUAAUUACUGUAAUUUUCACCUUUAGUUAGUAGUCAUCUCAAUUGGUUGUGGUCACCCUUUACCGAGUCCUCUACUUAUACUGAACAAUAACUUAAAGCAGAACCACUCUAAGAAAACUAAGAAUAAUCUUUCAGGGAGGUUAAAUUUAAUCUAAGUUUAUCUCCUGAAAUUGUGGUUAGCAGUAUUCUUCAGUGAGUUUUUUUCCUUUUUCAGAGCUUAUUAACUCCCUGAUCAAUCAACAAACUUUUUGCAACCAGGAGCUCCUAUCAGAGCUUGUUUACUCCCUGAUCCACCAACAAACUUCAUACAAUUGGGAGCUCUUAUCAUAGCUCAUUUACUCUCCCAAUCAAGCCACAGAUUUCUUGUGAUCAGGAGCUUUUUUCAGAACUCAUUAACUCCAUGAUUAACUGAAAAACUUCUUGUGACAAGGAGCUCUUACCAGGGCUCAGUGACUCCUCAGUUGACCGACAGACCUCUUGUGAUUGGGAGCUCUCAUCAGAGCUCAUUGAAUCCCCAAUCAACCAACAACUUUCUGUCUUUUUGAGUGAUCAAAAUCUGCUAUUUAUUAUUUUCAUCAUUUUUUACUAUAUUUUGUGAAAUCAAGUUUUUUCUUGAUUUCUUUAGCAACAGUUGCCAUUUGAACUGUUAACCAACUAAUGAAAAUUAUCCUGCAUUAAGUAACUGCCAGAGUUAAAUCACCCCUCCAAAUUUUAUUUUAUUUGAUUGAGUAGUUACCAAUGUAUUAUUGAAAAGUUCCUGCACACAUAAAUACUGUACAAUCAAACCUGUAUUAAGGAGUUACCCAUGGGGAAUGGCAGAGUGACCGCUAAAUGCAAGUUGACAGCUUAAUACAGGUCCCUCAGAUUAGGAGUAUUAUAAAAAAACAAACACAACACCACUUUAUGCCAUAAUUAGCCACUUAAUGUACAGAAUCUUGCUCAAAAAUACUACUUACUUUGAAUUUGGGAUAGAAAUAUGGAUUAAAAAUUGCUUGAGAGAUUACUCUUGGUGUUAUUUGAAUGGUUCUGCUUUAAGUGACUGUUCAAUACAGGUGAAUGACAAUACAGACAAGCCAUUGGGACUUUGUCAAAGGUGACCCUAACUGCUCAAUAGGGGUGACGUCUUAAUAGAGGUGACAAUUAUAGUGAUUAAGGUGAAACAAAUUCAGAACUGUGGUAACCAACCGCUCGAUAUAGGGUGACCACUUGAUACAGUGCUGCUUAAUACAUGUUCACCUUUAUCAUUUGGUACUUCCAUCACCCCUAACAGCAUUUCACUAGGUCCCCAUCUGGUGACUAUGGCUGACUUAUCUAAGACCUUUUGUUAUCAGGCUACCAUGAUUGGAUGUCAAACCUUUGUGUGGUGGGGGUGCCACAAGUCAGCCUUUUUCUGGCUUCUCCUCCUCAGCCACUAUUAAUGAUAUAUUCUCUCCAGAAGGAGUCAUGAUUCUAAACAAAGUUCAGUCACAUGUUUCUGGCCAUGUAUGCUUUCUCUUCAUCACUAGGGUUGUGUCUUAGGCAAGGCUAGAUACUGUACCUUAGCCAGCUACUUGUUGUUGGAGGACAUGAGUGAGCUAUGUUGUAUAAAAGUUUUUGAAACUGCACUCUUCAUAUAUCUUAGAUAAGUCAAGACCCUUCAAGCUUUCCUUUGAUUCUUCUAAGAGUGCACUGUUGAAUCUUGUUUUGAAGCUGUCAACUGCAAUGCCCUGGCCAAAGCAGGAGCUGUUGGUGUUCUGUUUAGAGUGGUUAGCAGCUGUGGUCACAAGAGGGUUAUCUGUUUAAAGUAAGAAUGCAUUUUUACCUUUUAGCUCUUGAAACGCUGGUAUAUCAUUUGGUUUUGCAUUUUAUUUCUUAGAUCACCAUCAGAUCUUUUACAGAGCUAUUUUGUUGUUCUUUUGUUUUUGAACAAAAUUGGCAUUUCCAAAUUAUGUGGACAGAGCCUGAUAAUUUACUAGUAAGAACAAUUUAUUAGAGGGUGUUACAUGUAAUACAGUCAAUUUUCACAAAUGAUUUCCUAUUUUCUCUGUUUACAUUGACUUUUAAAUUAAUGGCAGUUAUUUUAUCUUAUUUUCCAUGGUUUAUUUUUAGAAUAAUCAGCUUUACAUCUAUUGAUUAGAAUUGAAAUUCAUAACCCUUUAACUCCCAGCAGUGAUUAAAACAUUUAACUUUUUCCUCUAAUAUCCAUACAUUACCCAGCAAACAGGUAAUAAGAAUACUCAAACUUAUCAGGUAUAAGUUGUUUUCUUGAUUUAACAUCAAAUUCUUGUAAGUAAUUUACAAGGAAAUGUGCAUCAGUAAGGGGGAGAAUUAACACUCAGAUCUUGGGAGUUAAAGGGCUGAAGGCACUGCAUACCUCACAGUAGCUGUCACAGUGCCCCUUCAAGAAUUGGGGUCAUAUUUUUUCAAGAACUGAAAUUGCUUUGUUUUCCAUUCGUUAUCGAAGGCUGGUGUUGGAGAUAAUUGCUACCCUUGUAAAAUCAAGUGAGUACUCCAUUUUUUUUCAUCAGUUAAUCAUAUAUUAAGUCAUCUGAUGGAAUUGUUAGCCAUCCAAAAUCAUUUGUAAGUCAGAUGCCAUUAUAAAGAAAUAAGUUAUCUACGUCUGUUGUUCUUUGCAUUCUUCAAAGUUGUUCAAACACAAUGAAUAGCAACAAAAUAAUUAGAUUUGUAAUCCCUAAGCACUUUUUAUGUGAAAGCUGCUUUGUUGUUGAGCUACAUGUAAAUGAAUAACCUGAUUUAUUAUUGUAGUUAUCUUGCUAUAUUCCCUAUGUCACAGUUGUUGCAAAUCAUUUUUAUGAGUUGUACAAGUUCAGACAUCAUAGGAAUUUGAUGUAGAUAAGAAUAUAGUGCAACAAAUAUUGGUAAUUGUGAAGAACAGCUCCCUGAAAAUACCAAACAGUGACCUGAAAAAUAAGAAUCAUUUUAAUCCAGUGAGGUAUUCAUAAAUUAAUGUACCCAUAAUACAGUCAUGAAGCAUUAGCUGUUAUUGCAAUGUUGAGGGUACUAUCUGCUCACCACAGAUUACACUCAGAAGUCUGCUACAAAAAAUUAGCAAGCUCGUUUGACUUUAAAGAGGCAUAUUUGUCCCAUGAGGCAUCCCUCCUUCAAAGAAUGGUAGCACUUUUAAGUUUCUGUUCAGCAGAUUUUACUAGACAGCUAAGCAGACUGAAAAAAAUGUUAAGGGCUAUUUAGUUACAAUAAGGAACAGAGUUGGACUUGUUAAUUGGGGAUGGGGACUGCACACUCAAAAUCUUACAAUUUAUCAAAGUUUUCUUUUUAAAUUUAAAAUUUAAAGUGGAACCACUCAAAUAAAAUUAGGAAUAAAAUGUGAUUCAUGUCUAUCUUCCAAAAUCAAUGUUAAUUGUAUUUUUGAGCAAAUUUUGUACAUUAUGUGGUCAAUUAUGGUAUGAGAUGGCGUUUAUUUCCUUUUUAAUAAUACCCCUUUUCUGUGGAACCUUUAGUAAGCAGUCAAUCUCUAUUUAGUACUCAAUACAGAUUGGACUGUAAAUUAUUGGACAGUAUAAACAACUGCCUUUACCAUGUCUAAGCUUAUGACAAUAUAGAAAGACUAGCAGAAAAGUUUUCUUCAGCAGAGGCUAAAAAACCAAGUAAUCACCUUUGGCUGAUCUCUUUUCUUUUUCCUACAGAGAGCUGUGCAUCAAAAGCAGUCAGCUAUGGAGCUGUUCCACUGCUGUUACAAAUGUUUUGUGAUUGGCAAAGAACAGAUCAUCAUCACAGACAGACAAACAUCAGAAAAGCUAUUCUGAAUGUGAUCAAGAAUAUCACCAUGUCAAGUAUGUUAACCCUUUACUCCCCAACCUGUGAAUACAUAUUCUCCAUACUGUUCUCAUCAUUUCAUUAGUUAUUAACAAGGAGAAUUUGUUUAGCAAUCAGGAAUGUCUUGAGAGGGGUGUUCAUUUCCCAUAUUCUCAUAACCUUAAUGGUUUAUCAAGUUGUGAUAAUGUAUGGAGAAAUUAGAUGCUAGGUAGUCCUAUGGGUUAAAGGGUUUAUAGAGGAGACUACUGAUUACAUUGUUUGAAUCUUUAAAAUGUCACAAGGUACACUGUGGUUGAUAGAUGUUGCUUCUUGAAAGACAAAUUGUUCACACCUGAAAUGGCCAAAACAUUGUGUAAACCAAAAAGAAAUGUUGAGAAAUAUUGAUUGUGAAUGUUGCUUUGGAUAUCUUGCCCUCUCAAUUUUUUUCUAGUCUGUAGAGAACUGGCUGUCCUCUGGUAUUGCUACCCCACUUUUAAAUUAUUUUGAGUUAGUUGUUACAAUGUUUGAAGGAAGAAAUGGCCUAAAUUAUCCUGAAUUAACUGUAUCAAAGAAUUGAUAGUCAACUUGCUGCUUUGAAUUGCAAACCAAUAGAAAUAUCAAGAAAAGAUGUUAUUUGUUUGGUCAUGCAUGCUACAGUCAAACCUGUAUUGCACGUAAGCGAUCACCCAUGGGGAAUGAAAGGAUUAGGGACUUUGACUACCAACCACUUAACACAGGGUGAUUGCUUAAUAAGGUGCAGAUUUUAUUUGUUUGGUUGUGCAUGCUACAGUAUUUGAGUGUUACAAAGAGAACUCAUUAGUGUGCUAGCAUCCUGUUCACGCCAGGAUCAAUAAUGUUGAAAGCAGUAUGUGCAUAACUAGAUGAGAUUUAUCAGUAUGGUUAAAUUUCUGAAUUUUAGGAAGUGGUAAGAAGGCAUUUAUCCAAGCUGAUGGUAUUAAAACCCUGUACACUUUGUCACUGGAGACUUUGGAGUGUAAGUAAUUUUUUUUCACACAAAAUGUUUUAGACUAUGUUACAUGCUUUUUAUUACAUUUUACAGGGGAUUCUUUUUUGUUCCAUUUCAGGCCGCGAACUUGAAGGGGUAAACAAUCUCAGCAGCCAGAUUCUACGAAGAUGUUUUCCAACUAACAAGCUUCCAUUGUCAACCUUAUCAUCACCACUGACAUUUGCUCUGUUAGAUUUAGACAGCGCUGGCCACUCAGCUGUAGAAGAUCUACUGGAUGAUAGUGGGGAAGGUGAUUACAAUAUGCGGGUUGAAACACUCUCUACUGUAUAGUUAAGUCUAAGGCAGAGAUACCAACGUUGAAAAUCUUUAGAGGUUUGACGUCGAAUCACUCCCAACCUUCAUUAUUUGCUGUAAGGUUGUUUAAUUUUUUUAUAAUAGAAAUUAUUUUAUUAAAACAAAAUUAGGUACUUUAAUGUGGUAACCACCAGAAAACUUUGUCACUCCAACUUAAAAUUUUGAGAUCUCCUAAAUUUUAUAGAUUUAAAUUCUAUUACACUUGAAAUUCAGUGUCUUAUGAGGAGUUGUAUUUAAUCCUAUCAAGACACGUAGGAAGUAAUCUUAUGAUCAAGGUAUUUACUAUGUAUGUAGGUGAGUCUACUGAUGUGGAAUCAGAGGAAGAAGAAGAUGACAGUGGAAGUGCAAGUCAAGAUGAUAAAGAGGGGCUUGAAAAUGGCAACAAGGGUAAAAAGCCUGAGAUUAAUUCCUCAAAUCAGAGCAAACAAGUCAAGACAAGAGAUGAUCUGGCUAUGUAUGAAAAGUACUUCCCAGAACUGUUUGAAUUUCAGGUAAAUAGUUGAAAAGGCAACAUUCAUCUUUCUGCAAAGUUCACCAGUAAGCAGUCAUCUUGUGUGCUAAAGCAGGUUCUCUUAGCUUGUGCCAAAACAUGUGUAGUAUGGAGACUUCAAGAUUAUCACCACCAAUUAGAUCUGUUAUCAUAUAUUUGGAGUAUAUAGUGUGGGGUAUUUGCCAGCUGAGAGGUCUGUUUGGUGAAAAAGUGCGACCAAGGACACAACAUUUUUUCACUUUACAUACUGACUCUGAGUUGGUAAAUAACUAAGUAUCUACCUUGUUCCUCUAGGAAAAAAAAGAGAACAUGGCAAAUUACUGGGUAUUUGUCAAAGGUCAAUUGAAUAGCUUAAAAUGUUAGUGAGUUUAUUGUCGACUGAUCUCCUUCAUAUGUAUAAAUGUACAUUCAAUUGCUUGUUAGUGUGGAGAAUAUGGAUUUUUAUCAAAUAAACACACUUUCGGAUCAAUGUUAGGUUCCGAGCAACUACGCACCUACCUACCCCUCCCUUAACCAAACAAAAGCCCACUGAUAGCAAGUUAAUAAGGUUAAUAUCGGGUUUAGGGAGGGGUAGGUGCGCAGGUUUCUCAGACACUGACAUUAAUCUAAUCUUUUUAUCUAUUCUCAACAUCCGCUUGCCUGCUUGAAAAGCUGAUGCAAGCAUUGCCUCAUUUUUUGAUAACUUUGAAAAGUUUGAGGUUGAUGUGUAAUCAUCCAAAAUGUUUGUUGUUGUCAUUCGUCAGGUUGAAGUUGCCGAGCCAAUGGAAGAUGACAUGGUAACAUCAUCAUAUCCAAUAGUAAUUCCAACAGGUUCUGAAGAGCCCUUGUCCUGCUCGCCAACCGGACCAAGCCAUCUGUCCAACCAGCUUGAUUCUAUGAAUUUUGAAAGGUGGGGACAUACUGCAGAGUUAAUUAAAAAUGAGGUCGAAAGUAGGGAGCCUCAGAAGAUCAUAUUAGUUAAAGUGGCAUGAAGGAUAAACAAAUCGAAAUGUUGUAGAGGUGUAGGAAGGGAAAUUUUGAUUUAAAAAAUUACGUUGAACAUCAAGAAAGAAGUUUUUUUUUACGACCUUAGGAAAAGGAAAAAACUCUGAUUACCCAUGAGGAAUCGACUCUCAGAUUUACGUACUCCGCGCUCUGAUGCUCUACCUCUGAGCCACAGAAACUCUCUAUCACAUUUGUUAGAUGUAAUUUAUAAGAAAUUUGUUUUUUGUCCGGGUCAUAUUUAGAGCGUGCACUCAGGUUAAAACAUUUAACACAAGUGUUUUUAUUUUACCUAAAUUCGUCGCAAAUAGUUGACGUUUGGUAUAUUGCUUAAGACAUAAUGAGAUGUAUACAUUGACCAAAGCACACUGAGUGUCAAUAAGUAAGGAUUACCCCUCUCCUGUAAAAACCAGUGAACAGUGUUCAGAUACUUUCAACCUUAUUACUGAACACGGUAACAACGGAGAAGGCCGCCUCAAAAGCCCAUUUAACCGCAUGUGUUCACGGAAGUAAGAAACGAAAAAAAAUUUAACCUCGGUUAAGUUUUAGAUAUGACUUUUGUUUAUGUUGCUACAGUCCACCAACUUUGACACAAGCCACAGCGACACAAGAAGAGCUUACUCAGGAAGAGAGAUCUUCAUCCGCGAAUUUCACCGCUAAGGUUGAUAACAAAGGUACCUUUGAAAGUGUGCUGCCAAUCGUCAAGACACCAUCACCUGAUGUGUACGGCCAUUAUCCACCGUCCGAGCCUGAACCACUGGGACAGAAAAAAACUGGACUACAGAGGUACAGGGCUUAUCCAAAUUUUUAAACGUGAUGUCAAAUUCUUAAAGGGUGCAAAUGGUUUGAGACACUAGUCUUUAAAAAUGUUUGUGGGAGGACGAAUCAAAUGGCGAGACAGAGAGCACUUCAUAGUCUAAGAUUAAAAUGAUUAAAAAGACGGGCAGCUUACGGACUAAAAACUGUUUGUUUCGCACUCGAUUUAAAGGUCGGGGUAGACUGUGCCUAAGAUAAAAAAAACAGUCGCGACCCAGUCCCCUCCUGAGCCUUUACUUCUUGUCCACGUUAGUCGGACCGUACAAGAAAUAACAGACUCUCAGAAGUCUAUGCCUUUUGAGAGAGCGCGUAAAAACCAAUCUCCUUAAAGUUCUGAGUCACAUGUACGUCGGUAUAUUUUGGUUGUUGUUGUUUUAUUUUUACGAUGUUAAAAGGUACAUUUAACUCGAGCAAGAUUGAAAAAUACCAGUUUAGUAGGAUAUGACAUAUCAUCGAGACUACGACGAUCCAAAAGGGAACCGGGAUUGUUUAAUAUGGUGAUGUUAACAAAGAGAUUCCACGUUCCCUUGCGUGUGUUUAAUGAAUAUGUCACGGAUGACAUCAAACUGUUGUAAGAACAAGAAAGUGGCUCACGGCGCGCAGUUGAAUGUGUUUCUGGUGGACUUACUACAUUUUUACUUCAUCUGUGAUACAUUAAUAUCUAUAUAAUAAAUAUAGCCUUCAUUCGGCGCGAAAAUAUACACUGAUAUUUGUCCGCUGACAUUACCUGUUCUAAGAUGCGAACAAUUUUCCGUGAGCGAAGCUCGAGGAAAACUGAAAGCUUCGAGGAACAGAUUAUGUUUAUGGACAAAUAUACGAGCAUAUUUCCGCGCAACUUGGAGGCUAUUGUGGUUAUUAUCCUUCAAAUAUUUUGCAACGUGUGUGAAAAAUGUUUACGAACAGCUUACUGCGUGGGAUGUUUUCCUUUGAGUGUUUUCUGGUACGAUUAUAUGAACAAAUGAAUAUUUCCUUCUUCUGUAACAAGAAUAAAACGCUCUCUCGUCUUGAAUGAAAUUUUAAACGGAGAAUUAUCGUAGUAGAGGUAAGGUUUGAAAAUUAUACUUGGAUAUUUCCAAGUUUUAGAUGGGGAAUAUUUGAUCAAGUGAUGCGUUUAGACCAUUCACGCACGAGCAAAAAUAUUUGAUGGAUCAUAUACUGGAUUGUACAUUCAUUUUGAUUGGUUCUUAUGAUCAAACAUACAUAAGUAUAUACAUGUAGAUUAGAUGACGGCACCAUCAACAACAUUUUGCUUUCUCUAUCUUGUAACACAGUCAAACGGAUUCCGUGUUGCUGUGCGUUUGUUCACUAUUAGAUAACAGAUGACGUGGUCAUCAUGGAAGUGGUAAAAAGAGGCGCAGUAGAGUGUGUCAAUAACGUUCUUACCACACUUAAACGUCUUCUUUGAUCUUACAGACGCACGGCAACAUAGAACCCACUACUCAUUCUUUUUUUCUUUUUUUUUUUUUAAUUUUUGCAAACGAGGCAUUGUUACCUUUUUAUCCCGGCCUUGCCAAGAUGACAUUGAUCCAUCUGUGCUAGCGUUGUUUGUUGUUUUUCAGAACUAUGAUCUUUAGGGACAUUGCACGACAGAUUCAUCCACAGAGAGUGAUAAACAAAGUUGUAUUUGAUCUGGAUCAGCUUUUAAGACAACCCGGUGACCCUGGAGGAGCACCUGACAACGGGUUAUUAGCUGUGGCUAAAGAGCAACUCAAAUUAGGACAUGCACGGAAACAUAGCAACUCCAGGUUUAUACACAGAAUAAACGCUUGUCUCAUUUGUCAGUUUAAUUUUUCAAUGUGUGAAUCAAUCUUCUUCAAACUUAAACUUUCAAGAUACAAGUUGUAAUUCGCCCAGUUCUGACCACCAUGGGUCUCCUCUCAAAUCAGUCUAGAAAGUUAGGUGUUUGAUCAUGAUAACACCUUCUGUUGUUAAGUUUGUUUGUUGUCAUCGCCUAUUUUGUGGUUGUUGUAUCGGGAUUGCGAAAAUUUACUCACUGACCAUUUGACCCCGAAAACUCCGUUCAAAUGGUCAUGAUAGUUGAUGAUAGUUUCAACCACCACGCGCGUUUAAACACGAAUUAUCAUGCACUAUCAUCGACUAUCAUUAAGUAUCAUGUAGUUUGGACGUGUUCAAAUUCGAAAUGAUAAUUGAUGAUAGUUUUUCGGUCCAUAGUUUUGCCAACAAACGGGCUCAAACCGAAAUGGCAAAUGGUAAAAUGACUGAAGUAGCCGUCAAAAUUUCGCAGAAUGUCUCCUAAGUCAUUCUUAUCAUCUCCUGGUAGGAUUCAGCAUCUUUAAGUCGCAGCCUCUUGACUAAAAUGUCAUUUGCCACCAAAAUUUCUGAGCGUACAAUAUUAGUUUACAAUAACGUUUGUCAACUAUCACCAACUAACAUGAACUGUUUGAACGCAAACAUGAUAGCGAAUGAUAGUUAAAACUAUCAUCGACUAUCAUCAACCAUCGUGACCGUUUGAACGGGGCUUAAGAGCUAUGCGCAUAUGAUUUCACCCAGCAGUAUCGCUCUGAAUCAAACAUUAAGGUCAUGAGAAUAAAGGAAAAGAUCGCGAACUUGAUUGUUAGACAAAUCCUCCCCGAAAGUACUAUGACAAAUAAAUAGAGAACAGUAUGGAGAACUUGCAUACUGAUGUUAGGAUGUGGAAAAUCAACCAGUGGAUUUGUUUUCAUUUUGCAGCAUCUCUGAAGGAGAAAGAUCCACUCCUGAGGAGACGGCCAGACCGCUGAAGUUUGAAUCACGGUUUGAGAGUGGCAAUCUACGCAAGGCCAUUCAGGUAGUUAUUGUGAUUUUAGGUGCUUUAGUCGUGAAAUUGGGAAUUUUGUCGAUGUGUGACGUUUUGGCUUUCCAAUUGUGAAUAAUCCAUGACUCGACUCGACAAUACCCAAGACACUGUAACGCUCCAGGGCUUUGAGGCAGGGCUUAUUGGCGAGGAAUUCUCAUUAGAGCGUGUUGGGGGGGGGUCUACCUGGCUUCAAUGUAAGCUAAUGGUUUAGUUUUUGGUUUUAGGGGAGGAGAGGAGGGGGGCUUAUUAGAGAGGGAGAUUCAUUUGUUCGUUUAACCAUGUGAAUGUUAAGAAGUUAUGAACUAGCCUAUGAAUGAUCGAACAUACUUGCCUUUUUCAACACAUCUUAUUUCUUAGGUGCGGGAUUAUGAGUAUGAUCUGGUUCUAAAUCCUGAUAUCAACUGUAAACACCAUCAUCAGUGGUUUUAUUUUGAGGUGGGUUCUUGCCCUCUUUUCAUUGCGUACGACACAACUAACAGUUCCAUGUAGUGGAAGAUGUUUUUUCGUUUUGUCACGAGCGUGGGACAAAGAUAAUAGUCUGAAUCCCUGUAAGGAAUCGAACCUCAGACCUUCGGAUUCCGUGCUCCGAUGCUCUACCACUGAGCCACAGAGACUCUAUGGUGAGCAAGGCCCAUAACGAAGUUCAUAUAUGACACGCGUCCUACAUAUUGCUAGGAUCAGCAAUGUCGUUAGCGUCAUGUUUUGUAAAUAGAAUAAGAAAGAUGGCGAGUUUUGAGCUCGGCAAAGAGAUAGAAAUCCUAGCAAUAUGCGGAUGCUGAUCCUAGCAGUAGGUCGAUUACUCAUGGGGAUUCAAAAUUUUUUUCUUUGCCCUACACAAGACGAAAAAACAUCUAUUUCUUUACUGGGCUCAAAGCUUAGCAUCUUUCGAAUUCUACUUUUAUGUAGUUACAGCACUCUGAUCGUCGGUAUGAAAAGAGAUAAACUUAGUCGGACGGACCAUUAAUAAGUGAAGGAGAGAGGGUGGGUGUGCAGAACUUUCACUUGGUAUCCGGUACAUUUUUUUCUGUAUAAUUUUGUCGGUAAUAUUUAUUGUAUGAAGUUUAUGCCGCUGGGAAAUUCUUGUCAGGGCUGGGCCGUCUGUGAUGUUCUUUUUUCUUUACUUGGCUCACUAUCUUUAUUAAAACUAUCGCUAAUGGUCCUUCCCUAUAGAUAGGUAAUGGAAAUUGUUAAGAAAGACACAAUGUCUUAGAAGGUUAAAUAAUCAAUAGCCUCUAUUUGGCGCAAAAAUCUACUCGAAUAUUUGUCCACGGACAUCUGUUACGAGAUGCAAGAAGUGAGUCUACGGGGAACGGAUAAUAUUUAAGGAAAAUUAUACGAGCAUAUUUUAGCGCCAACUGGAGGCUACGCGUAGGGAAAAUUGUUUACGAACAGCUUACCGUUUAUUGCGUGGGAUGUUUACUCUCCAGUGUUCUCUGGCAAGGCUUUAUGAGCACAAAAACAUGCGUGUUCUUCUGUUACAACAGUUAAACGCCCUCUGAUCUUGACUUAAUUCUGACACGAAAACUUUUAUCGUAGUGGACGUAGGGUUUGAAAAUUGGUUAAUAUCACUAGGGGAAUAUCACCGGAUAUUCCUCAGUCUUAGCCGGAGCGUAUUCGGUCGCAUGACCCAUUUAGACCAAUCGCGCGCGAGAUAAAAUAUUUGAUGGAUUACAAUAGUGGAUAUUGGCCCUUCAAGUCUAUGCAUUUCUCUUCAUUUCAGGUUAGCAAUAUGGAUGCUGAUAUUCCUUACAAAUUCAACAUCGUUAAUUGUGAGAAGAUCAAUAGUCAGUUCAACUUUGGUAAGUUGGUUUUUAUGAGUAACAGAAUUUCCAUUUAUUCGUGUAGGCUUUUCAUGACACUGGUUGUUUCUUAUGUUUUCUUCAAACUUUUUGCGGGAAGUUGGCGUGCGUUAGACCGGUGUAUCGCACUCAGAAGGCCAUCCGACCAAAAAAUCGGUGCUCGCUGGGGUUGCAAAACUCACGAAGUACUCAGAAAGCUUAAGAUGUUUCUUAAAUUAUGGAGAGCGCAUUUCGAUUUAUUGUCGAAACGAAAACCAAAGGAACCGCAAAAGCUAAUCAGAGGAAAAGAAAAUGUAACAAGGAGCCAAUGAGAACGCAGAGUCAAAAUGGGCAAACAGCUUAAAGCGCGGGAAAACGUGGGUGACUAAGUCGUGGUUGGUUUUAGUUUUGAAUCUGAUUGGUUUAGAGGAUAGCGCAAGCUUUGGACUCAUCACAGAGCGACGUAAAGUAAACCUCCGCAAUCCGGAAUUUGAAAAUUGCUUUGUAACUUGAAGAUGAUUUUUGGGGACAUGAUUCUGUUCUUGCAGGCUACAAACCUUUUUUAAGACUUAGUACGAUUUCAUAGUCGGGAUGACAUAUGCAUGGUUCCUCAAGGAAAUGGUCUAGGUAACCCAAUACUUUGUUCGCUAUUGUAGGUAUGCAACCAGUGAUGUAUUCCACAUUAGAAGCUCAGGAAGACCGCGUCGGCUGGGUUCGAGUCGGGACUAAUGUUUGUUAUUAUAGAAAUUACUUCACACGGAGCCGUGAGGUGACUGGUGGACCGACCGGCAAAACCUACUACACGUCAACUUUCACCGUGACCUUCCCUCACACAAAUGAUACAUGUUACUUCGCUUAUCACUACCCCUACACCUUCACUAUGCUUCAGGUAGGUCUUCCCAUCUUACCUUGUCAUCUUUCUGUGUCGAGGUUUGUACAGUGUUUGGAGUUUUUGAAGAAGUUCGAAAAUCUUUCAGUUAGUUUUCCAUGAAAUAUAAGGCCGGAUUAACAUCUGAAAAACUUCACUUAAAAAAUCUAGAAUGUUUUUUUAUUAACAGGAUGUUGUUUAUUGAAUGAAAUGUUAGUCGUCUAAUCGCAUCUCUUUGACAAAAUUUUUUAACAAAGUUUGAGAGACUUCUUCGGUUUAAUCCGUGAAUCUGCCAUCAUAGAUAUCAGAACACAUUUUAUCGUAGUUUAUGUGUGUUUGUGCCGGUGUGUUUGUGCCGAUGUGUUUUUAAGUAACCACGGAGAAGUGUUGAAUUUCGCCUUAAAAACGUUUUUUGUAAAUCUAGCCGUAAGACUCUUUAUAUCCUUCCUUCACCUCAAAGAAAUCAAGACUAGAAAAUGAUAUUCCGUUUUGGGUACCUUAUUCUUUUUACGUAGAGUCACUUAUCACGCUUGGAGUCCGGUUUUAGUACAAACGAUAUCUUUUACCGCCGCUUGACUCUGUGCAGCACUUUGGCGGGAAAUCCUUGUGACGUCAUCACCAUCACGGCACAGCCUCAGGGCAGAGAUGCAAAAUCCAUUGAGCUUCUGAGUAAGUGAUUUGCGCCGUUCCUUGUGUUGGACAAAAUUUGAGGUGUUGUUUUCAAAGGCACGAUCUUUACUUUAUACGUUUUAGGGAACAGGCCAUAUAUUUUCCUCACAAGCCGUGUUCAUCCCGGCGAAAGUAAUUCAAGUUGGGUCAUGAAAGGUAACGCGAUUUUCAUAUGGUGAAUUACAUUCAUUAUGUGUUAUCUUUUUUAUUAUUAUUAUUAUUAUUAUUAUUAUUAUUAUUAUUAUUAUUAUUAUCUUAGUCGAAUCCUUCAAACAAUGGUUUUAAUAAAACCUGCGAUUUAUCGCCGCGUGUAAGACCUCUUCCCGCUGUAACGGGCCCUUUACAGGCACAGCAGCCCAUAAAAACAUCGGCAGCCGAUUACAGAAAAAGUUAUCGAAACCCUGCCUUAGAAUGACCGAAGUGAAAUAAAUUGAUUGUUCAGUUCGGGAUAGUUAUCAAAUUUAAUAACCCGGACCAAAACAAAACAGUAACCAAUCGCUGCUCAGAUUCACUUUCAGGUGACAUGUUACUGAGACAACAAUGUAUUCCACAUGGCGUCCGAAGGCCGAACAACACUGAGUGUUCUAAACCGAUUGUUUUCGACUGGCGUCUUCUUCUUCUUUCUCAGUCUCAAUAAUUUUCAUUCGUAUUAUUUUACUUACUUGGCGAACGGCGAAGCGCCCAGGUUUUUCAGCGCUCGUCUCGGUACGUUUCAACUGUAUAUCUGCGCAGAAGAAAAAAGUUUAUUUUCAGUGAUAUUGCUACUUCAUCAGAGAAUCGUCCAAAUAACAAACGGCUACAGCCCAUGGGCGAAAAGAAAGAUGAAAUCGUAGCGUAUUACCAGCGCGAAAUCGUGUAAAUGGCAGGAUUGCUUUAAAUAAAAGCUUCUCGAAACAUGCGAGACGUUGGAGAAUCCAUACUGCUACUCACUUAACGUACCUCCACGGCCGCAUCCACUCCUUCCUCUUCCAUUUCUGAUUUGACCGGUGAAAGCCUUCUCACCACUUCUCCGAGAUAUCCCUCGCUGCAAUCGAAUGGUAGAUUACAAAAGUGCAGAUUGAAACCUCUUCUGGGCCAGGAAUACUUAAGGCAAGGGGAAAUGUAUGAACAGAAUGGUGAACCAGCUACUGAAUCUAUUACCGACACAGCAGAGUGAAGAAUUAAUGUGUCUCCUUCACUUGCAAACGUGCGUGGUCUUACUCCAACUUAUUGUCAUCAAGGAACACCAACAGAGAAUGAAAAUAUCCAAUUAAGAGUGAAAUUCCCUGACCUUGAAGAACUUUUUUUUCCUGACCAUUUCCUGACUUGUGGCAAUUAAGAUUAAGUUAAAUCUGUACUCAAGCCAAGUUGACUAUCCAGCAGGAACUUAUCCUUUGCAUGAAGUGACAGCGGGCUCUCGUUUGACAAAGAAUUAGUUUGGUUUUGGUUAAUAGGAUUCUCUUCGGGCAGUAACAGCACAAUGAGAGGAACUAUCAUUGUUUCAAAAAGGUUUCCUUGCAAACUGAGUAAAGUGCAGUGAUAAGAAAUCGUAAGCAAUGUUCAAAUUAUGACAAACAGAAAGAUUAAAACCAUCGUCGAAAACACAAAGUGGCGGUUGGCGACUGGUUUAGUGGUAAACCAAGACCAUCCCAUGCACUUUUUUCCUGCAGUUUGCAUCGCGAUAAUUAACAGUUGCGUCGAAAGAAAAUGGAUUUAAGAACAGCUCGAUAUUUUUUUUUGACUCUGGAAAAAUUCAUCUUUUAACCUAAACUUUGGGGCAAAGCUUUUUGAAAAAGGUAUCUCAAUCAAACGUGUCAUUUCAACUGUCCUGUUACAUCUGCGCCCAAAAUGUCGCCUCUAUCACCUCAUGACGACCACCAUCUUGAGAACGCGCGAAGAGCGGUAUCUAUUUACUAAUUUCCAAUAUAAUUAUUGGUAUAUACGGCGAUUAAUAACAAAUAAACAGCGAAAAUUUCGAAUUGGGUACGAAAAUCUUCGAUUCUCGAAAUGGUCGUCAUGUUUUGACGUCACGUGGUUAUCAAAUCUGAUAACUAUCCCGGACUGCUUUUUGCAAAGACAAAAAGUAACGUUCAUAAGGGUCUAAAUUCUCGUUUCCAUAUGGCAUUCGGAUACUAGGAGAUUGAAAAUUAUGCAAUUCAUACGAACAAAAGGAGUCGAUUAAAGAGGAGAUUCACAGUCUAAUCGCACCAAAAAAUGCGCUACCAAAACGUACUUUAAAUUUGCUUCACCUUGAAACUUUUUCUUUGUACUGUGUAACCGUUGUACCUUGCUCUUCUGAGAUCAAGACUAGUUAUUUGGCUUUUUAGAUUUUUUAAGACUUAAUAUUGAUAUUAACUUCAGUCUGUUAGCGAGCUCAUGCCAUAUGUGACUCUACUGCACUACUCUACUCUACUUUUUUGUCUCACGCAGUAUUGUUUUCUUAUACAGGAGUUCUAGACUUUUUAAUGAGCAACUUCUACACUGCACGUCAUCUGCGGGAGACUUUCAUCUUCAAGAUUGUACCCAUGCUUAACAUUGACGGAGUUAUCAAUGGCUGGUAGGGUCUUACUCUUGUAGAAAUUUAGCCGCUGUCCUUCCGUUUUAUUGUUCAACGAUUUUUUUAAUAUGUAUAUUUCUUCCACUUAUACAGCACUUCUGAACGAGGGAAUCAGUGUCUUUCUUGUGAAUUUUUAGCCAUGAAUGAUAUCUGAUGUGUGCAGUAUUGUAAGAAAUUUUUCUCAGUAUUGCAUUUUCGACCAAUUCUUUUGGCACCGUCAGCUAUUCUCCCCACCCACCCAACCCACCCACUCAAUCCCCCACUUCCUCAUGAUCCAUAAGGAGAAACUUUAUACCUGUAAAUAACCUUGCUCUGUAACCUUACAAUACUGUGAAUCUUUCCUGAAGUUAAUUCAUUUAUAGAGCUAAAUAGAGUUUCCUUUGAUGAAAUACAAAGACUUUUUUUAUGGAGAUUUUACCCUUGUUCUUUACAAAAAUUUUGUUGUACCUUUUUUGCAGCCAUCGAUGUUCUCUGUCGGGUGACGAUUUAAACAGGCGCUGGAUCAAUCCCAGCAUGCUACUUCACCCCACUAUUUAUCACGUGAAAGGAUUGCUGUUGUACUUACAGUCUAUUGAAAAGACCCCUUUGGUGAGUAGCAUUUACUUGUAGCCGUGAGACAGAUCAAUUGUGCCGAACCUAAGUUGUGUUAAUCCCGGCUACUAAACAAUUUUGAGCUGUUAUAUGAUCAUGUUGUUUCAUUCUUUUACUAAGAAGACAGAGUUUAAUAUGCAUGACUUACAUGGUGUACCAUCUUGGACAAAUGAGAGGAACACAACAAUCAUUUCUUCCUCUCCCUAGUUCAUAGUCGACAAAAAGGUGCGAUUUGGUCCUCGCGCUUACUCAUCAUUCUCUCUUUUUUUCUCCUGAGCAAAAUCGAAGCUGCUUUCAGAUCAGCUACAUUUUCCCUCGACAGAAGCUCUUCUCAACUCUCAGACCCCUUAAAGUGACUAGCAUCUAAUUUCUCCUUACAGUAUCACUCUCGAUUCUCACAUAAAGGCCACGAGAAUAAAGGAAAUGAUCACCAACUAAAGAAGCUCUUGACUGUUAAAUAAAUUCUCCUUGUCUACACCAUAGGAAGGAAAUGUAUAGAGAACAGUGUGGAGAAUAUGCGUACUGAUGUUAGGAUGUAACAGGAUUAAAUCCGCCUCGUGUUCUUCUUGUAGGUUUAUUGUGACUUCCAUGGUCAUUCACGUAAGAAGAACGUGUUUAUGUAUGGCUGCAGCACAGCUGCCACACUGGCUGCCAGUUCAUCUAGUUCUGGUGAAGUCGACAGUAGUGACUUGGUAGAUUCUGUCAGGGAACGUGUAGCUGAACUAUCUGGCUCCGAAUCCACCAGUAGCAUGGACCCGAGUGACAUAGAGGAAGAUCCCGGAUAUAGGGUGAGUGUAAAAAAAAAAAAAAAAAAAAAAAAAAAAAACAUACUUAUCAACAAGACCUUUUUCCUGGGAGCUUGGAAGAUGACAGAGAUAAUAGAGAUACGCCCUGUGAGCAUUGAACUUUUGCAAAGAUCGAAGUCAGGUCUUCGAUACUCAUGGGAAGGAAGCCCUCAUUCUUCCCAGGGAGCAUGGGCUCAUUUCCCGAACAGUAGCCUAUGAUCUAGGCGAAACUUUACCGUUUGUUUCAGUAUUAGCCUUUUGCGAAGUGAUUGGUGAAUAUUUACAUAUGCGGCGAGUUUUUUCUUUCUCGCGUCAAUGGAGUCAUAGGAUGAUGAUCAUAUCGCAAACUCUCGUGUUCGGUUAGCAUCGAACUGAAGUCAUUCGCAAACUCUCGUGUUCGGUUAGCAUCGAACUGAAGUCAUUAUUUCUCUUAGUUAGUACGUGUGCUUCACUGUACGGCCCGCUAAAUUAAAAAGUUUCGCUUCGCGCUUGGGUCAUAAAUCUAAGUGGAAAAACUUGAUCCGUAACUUUCAGUGAGGACUUCGAAUUCGGUUGGUAUGAGGUACUAAGUUCAGGGGAAAAAAGAUGCUGGAGAACGAGUACUGAAAUCAAAUGUAGAAUAACGAGUGAAAAUUUUGAAUAAUAGUCUUGCGAGACUCUACAAUAACGUUCGUGAAUUUUAGGUUAUCAAACUUUCUACAGUGUUAGCUGCACUAAGAGCUGUGCUAUAUAGGUGGUUUUCUUAAAAGUGACACUAGGCUGGUUUUUAAAAGAGAAUUUUUAUUUCUGAAUUAUCAUUCUGUUUCUAUGUCCUCUUCGUCAUGUUUUGGCAUCCUCUUUUUUAUUCUCUGCUUCUACUCUUUGGAGAAGAUCUUAUUGCAAUUAGCGGCUAGUUUUACCCAUCCAAAAAGCAUCUUCAAAUAUCACCAGGAACUCUGUUCAGGAAGCACUUUUGCCGAACCAAGCUGACUAUUUCUUUUAUUUAUGCAGACAUUACCGAGAGUUCUUCACAACAUUGCGCCAGCGUUUUCGCUGGGCAGCUGUAGUUUCAUCGUGGAACCUUCCAAAGAAUCCACGGCCAGAGUUGUGGUGUGGAGAGAGAUUGGAGUGGUCAGGAGUUAUACCAUGGAGAGUACAUACAGUGGCUGUGAUCAGGGACCUUAUAAGGUUAGUUCUUAUUGGAUAAAUCUAGUGUGCAAAACAAAAACACAAAUUGAACAGACACUGUUGUGAAUGUUACUGGGUGGAACUAGAACACCUUUGGUCCCGCUUUUUCGAAGGGUAGAUAAUAUUAUCCCGUGGAUAAAUCUCUGUUCAGUGGAUGGCGCGGUAUUUUUUAUUCACACUUAUCCGUUCGAUAACGUUAUCCUCCCUUUGAAGAACUGGACCCUUCUCUAUAACUGCUGUCAGAGUCGGAUUUCUCUCUGUUUUUAAGUUGAGAGAAGGAAGUUUUCAUUCAGUCAGGGAGUUAGUUAGUUAUUGAGUUAGUGAAUGAGUAGGUGAGGGAGUCUCUUAGUGGGCCAGUCUGUCUGUCAGUCAGUCGUUGAGUGAGUCAGUCGUUAAGUGAGUCAGUCGGUGAGUUAUUCAAUCAGUCAGUAAUUCAUUGAGUGAAUCAGCCUGCUAGUUAGUCAGUUAGUUAGUAGUUAGUUAGUAAGGCAGUCAGGGAGUCAGUAAUUCAGUCAGAGAGUUAGUGCGUCAGGUAGUCAUUUGGUGAAUCAGGCAGGCAGGUAGUCAGAGUUAGUUUGUCAGUCAGCAAGUCAGGCAGUCAUUUUGUCACUGAAUAAGUGAACGAGUCUGCCAGUCAAUCCGUUUGUUAGUCGGCUGUGAGUCAGUAAUUGAGACAAUGAGUACUAAAAAUCAACACGUUAAUCUACAUUUUUGUUUAAAGGGUUACCACGUGGGAACAAGAGAACUGGAGGAAAUGGGCCGUUUCUUCUGUGCCGGGCUUCUCCGUGUUGGACGCUCCUACUUCUAUCAAAACAACCAGCAACAAUCGCCAUCAAACGACAAUGCAGAUGUGAUGCGUAAAGCUGAUAGUUCGUGGUGAGUUCCUCGCGUGAAACCUCUCCACAAUUUUUGCUCCACGCGCGGCGUAUCAAAGUAGAAAGCAAUUUUUAAUUAUUUCUAAGACACCUUUUACAUGUACUUGUCUCACUGUUGUUUGAAAAAACUAGCAACAACAUAAACAACGAAACGUUUUCACGAGGCUGUUUAUGUUUAAUUUGAAAAUAUAAGUUGUUGCAAAUUUCUUGUUGAGCUAAUGUGGAAUUUCUUCUUUCCCUAAGGAUAAGGACAAGUGAGCUGUUUGUUCCCUGUGAACUCGUCACAAGUGGAGUUGUCAUUUGAUUGUAAUCUAAUUCUUAAAAACACAUACUAGAGAGAGCAGCAGUCAAACGUCGGCGCAUGUGCAAACGUUGUAUUGACUGGGUGUUGUACUUUCAGGCUGUAAGAACCAAGUUGUCUCACACGAGUUAAAAACCACCACAUAAACCAGUAAGUCACGGUGUUUCACAAGCUUAGAACAUUUUUGGUAAAUCUCAAAACGGAAUGGUAAAUCAAUAGGAUACCUGUACUUGAAUAAGGUUUGUGUUCGAAAAGUCUCGAGUUUUCCUUUUGCCCACUUUUGUUUCCCUUCACAGAUUUUCUUGAACGUUUCAAUUGUCUGUCACAUAGUUUGCGAGACGCGGUUGUUUCUUAUGUUUCCCAUAAAAUUUUACGCGGGAAAUUGGCGUGCGGGCGGCCAAAAUUGUUCCCCUCGCGCAUGCCCUAGAUUUGAUGGCAGUGUUAUGCUCAAAUACCUAAGGAAUUCACGUGACGACCAAAAUCCACCGGCAAUUAUUAGUUGAACGGUGAAAUUAGAGGUAAUUUGAGCAGUGAAAGGUAAAUAUUGAACAGAUUGAACUAUGAAAUUCUAGUUUUAGCCCCGCAUAGACGGGACGAACUGUUUUAACUUAAGAGGCUGAGGAGUACCAAUGCUCAAGACAAAUUUAAGCUCGUAGACCUAUGUCCCACUGACUCGUUGUGCGACCUUGAAUGACAUCAUGGGAAAGGUUCCCGGGGGUCGUCUCGGUCCUUUUUCUUCAUUUUAAUAUUGAAAUAAACUAAUCUAAGGAUGAAAUUAACAAAUAGAAAAAUAAUAUAUGCCGUGAGUAAAGCCAACUGUAAACUGUGCUCCAAAGGGAAAUGUUGGUCAAAAGGUGUCAUUUUUAUCCCGUAUUAAUUCGCAUCUUUAGUCUGGACAACUGUACCGGUAUGCGAGAAGAGCCAGUGAAUAAGUAUUUAUAUCAAAGAGAUUUUGAACCAAAUUUACGUAAACAGCAUAAAAUUUAAACUGAUAAGUGAUUUAAAAUUAGAGUUUACAGCUAUUUGUUAUUACUGAAUGCUAAUUAAUAUUUGGAUUGAUG